AUGAUCUGUUGGAAUGUGAGAGGGCUUAAUAAACAUGCUAGAUGCCUGGAGGUUGGAGCCCACCUCAAGAAGCUACAGGUUAGUUGUCUAGCAUUACUUGAAACUCGUGUUAAGAUUAAUAAUAGUAAAAUUGUUAGGAAGAGAUUGGGGUUUGAUUGGGAGUUCAUAGAUAAUUAUGAACAUCAUAUUAAUGGAAGGAUUUGGUUGGCAUGGAAUCCUAACAUUUGGAGUAUAACCCCUAUUGAGAAAACUGAACAGUUAGUACACAGUGAUGUUUACACCAAUACUGGAAAUUUAUCACAUCACCUCAUUAUAGUGUAUGCUCAAAAUCAGAUCAAUAAUAGGAGGAGCUUGUGGCAAGACCUCGGUAGAAUCAGAUCUUGGUUCACCUGGUCAAACAAGCAGAUAGCUAACCCUAUUAGUUCCAGGAUUGAUAGGGCUCUUGUUAAUGCUGACUGGUACAGAGGUUUCCCUAAUAGUAGUGUUGAGGUGCUCAAUCCCCAUAUUUAUGACCAUGAUCCUUUGACAAUCAAGAUGUAUAGUCAUCAAACAAUAAAGAAAAUCAAGCAUAGAUUUAAAUUUCUGAAUUGUAUAGCUGGCCAUGCUGAUUAUCUUCAUGUUCUGAGGGCAAACUGGAAUCAACAUAACUUAGGUAAUCCAAUGGAGCAAUUCUGGAAGAACUUAUAUAAGUUACAAUAUAGUGUGAAAGGUUUGACUUGGCAAAUGACUGAGGGGAUCAGAAAUCUCAAGACCCUGUGCCAAAAUGUCAAGUUCUGGACUGAUGAAGUACUGAAAAAUACUGAAUUGGAAGAGAAUAUCCUGCAGCAGAAACUUAAGUGUGAUUGGAUUACUUUGGGCGAUGGUAAUAAUGCAUACUUCUAUGCAAAUCUCAAAUCUAAAAACAAACAAAUCCAAAUCAAGGAACUGGAAGAUGCUCAAGGAAAUAGGCUCACUGAGCAAAAAGACAUUGAGUUGGAGCAAGAAGGAGCUCAAUUAAAUAGGGAGCAACAAGAAAGCCUUAUUGUACCUGUGACUGAAGCUGAAAUUUGGCAAGCCAUCAAUAGUAUGGGUGAUAAUAAAGCACCAGGAUGUACAGAGCAGUGA